AUGUUGGACAUCAACCUCUUUCGUGAAGAGAAAGGCGGGAACCCUGAGAAAAUUAGGGAGUCUCAGCGGCGUCGUUUUGCAAACGCUGAUCUUGUAGACGAGGUCAUCGAGCUCGACAAAGUUUGGCGGCAGCGGCAAUUCGAGUUGGAUGGGUUGAGGACAGAUAGGAACAGGCUAAGCAAAGAGAUUGCCCGCCUCAAAAUUGUGAGUGAAGAUGCAAGUGGAAUGAUUGCCUCUACUGAGGAGAACAAGGAUUUGACUGCCAAGAAAGAGGUACAGGUGCAGGAGGCCCUAGCUGCAGUGCAGUCUAAAUUGACUAUAAUUGGAAACUUAGUUCAUGAUUCGGUUCCAGUUGACAAUAAUGAGGAUAAUAAUGCCAUUAUUAAGUCAUGGGGAGAGAAGAGAACUGAACCAAAGCUGAAGAAUCAUGUGGAGCUUGUUGAGCUUCUUGGAAUUGCAGAUUUAAAGAAAGGUGCAAAUGUAGCGGGAGGCAGAGGUUUCUAUCUCAAAGGGGACGGAGUACGGCUCAAUCAAGCUCUAAUUAACUUGGCUCUUGAUUUUUUGGAGAAGAGGGGCUUUACUGCUUUGCAGACCCCUUUCUUCAUGAGAAAAGAUAUUAUGGCAAAAUGUGCUCAGUUGGCUCAGUUCGAUGAGGAACUUUACAAGGUAAGUGGUGAUGGAGAUGAUAAAUAUCUGAUUGCCACUGCUGAACAACCGCUUUGCGCAUAUCAUCUGGACGAUUGGAUUCACCCUUCGCAACUACCAUUGAGAUAUGCUGGAUACUCGUCGUGCUUCCGCAAAGAAGCGGGUUCACAUGGUCGGGAUACUUUGGGAAUUUUCCGUGUUCAUCAAUUUGAAAAGGUAGAACAAUUCUGUGUAACCAGCCCAAAUGGAAAUGACUCCUGGGAGAUGCAUGAAGAGAUGCUAAAGAAUGCCGAGGAUUUCUACAAACUGCUGAAUAUUCCGUACCAAGUCGUGUCGAUCGUCUCAGGGGCACUGAAUGAUGCUGCUGCUAAGAAGUAUGACCUGGAAGGAUGGUUCCCGGCAUCAAAGACAUACAGAGAACUCGUUUCGUGCUCGAACUGCACUGACUAUCAGUCAAGGAGAUUAGAAGUCCGAUAUGGGCAGAAGAGUAACGACAAAGCUAAGGAAUACGUGCACAUGCUGAACUCUACACUGACGGCAACCGAGAGGACGAUGUGCUGCAUCCUGGAGAACAACCAGAAAGAGGAUGGAGUUGAGAUACCCGAGGCCCUAAGAAGCUUCAUGGGCGGGAAGGCUUUCAUUCCUUUCAAAAACAACAAUUCUCUGUCUCUAGGUUCGUCAAGGUCAAGGUUAGAUUUGGAAACAUGUUCUACAACGCUAGAUAUAUCUUGGAAAGGAUCAAUAGCUGGCAGAGAAUCCUCUCGAAUAGACACAAGAAGCGUGAAUGCCAAACAUGAUCGACGAAGAAGAAGCGUCGGACCGACGUUGCCGUGCACAUGCACCUCCCCCCAGAGAUGGCUCCUCGUCGAACAUAGGCAGGCCAUCGUAUUCCUGGACGUCGUUCUCGUUGCUGAGCAGCGGAAUCGCCCAACUGACUCGAGCUCGCCAGAUGAAAAUUAUCUCAGCCCGCCACCAGACCUAGCACCUUCUAAAAGUCCUGCAGCCAUUGGAGAGCGCCUGAACUGGACACCAAUGAACACGCCAAUGUUGGGCCCACCGUUGCAGGCGACCCUGCGUGCGCUGCUGGAGAAAGGCGGUAGUGGCCCGUCGCGCGAGUUGUUGCUCCACGAGAAGGGCGCAUUGAUGUGCGUGAGAGAUCGAGUCGUGAACACAUAA